CGGGGCUCGCGGCUCGGGGCUCGGGGCUCGGGGCUCGGCGGGGCUCGGCGCGGCGGACCCGGAGUGCGGCCCGGCUGCGCACACACCGGCAUGAGGCGGAGAGUCGUGGUCAUACCUGAAUUACCACUAACCUUAAUGACCAUUUCCAAAAAGAUUGACUGGAAAAAUCACACCACUCUGGAGCACAGAGUCCAGUGAGAGGUAUUUGACCCACAGAGGAGAUCUGUACUGAGGAAGAAGGGAAGAACAAAGUUGGCUAGAGAAGCACUCAGAGAACAUAUGAAGCUGAAGCCCUGAUUAAUGUGACAGAAUCAGGUGGAUCAACAGCCAUCCCACUGCCCCCUUUGUUGGGGGUUGCUGAGAGUUGAUGAAGCAUGGAGGACAGUAAGAAUGAGACGGUGAAUCAUGCUCACGUCCUCUUUGACCGGUUUGUGCAGGCCACCACCUGCAAGGGGACCCUCAAGGCUUUCCAAGAGCUCUGUGACCACCUCGAACUGAAGCCUAAGGACUACCGCUCCUUUUAUCACAAGCUCAAGUCCAAGCUUAACUACUGGAAAGCCAAAGCUCUGUGGGCAAAGUUGGACAAGCGGGGCAGCCACAAAGACUACAAAAAGGGAAAAGCCUGCACUAACACCAAGUGUCUCAUCAUUGGAGCUGGCCCCUGUGGUCUCCGUACAGCCAUUGACUUAUCCUUGUUGGGAGCUAAGGUAGUUGUUAUUGAGAAACGAGAUGCCUUCUCCCGCAACAACGUCUUGCAUCUCUGGCCAUUCACCAUACAUGAUCUGCGAGGUCUGGGUGCCAAGAAGUUCUAUGGCAAGUUCUGUGCUGGAGCUAUUGACCAUAUCAGUAUCCGUCAGCUUCAACUAAUACUUUUGAAAGUAGCCCUGAUCCUAGGCAUUGAGAUCCAUGUCAAUGUGGAAUUCCAAGGUCUUGUACAGCCUCCCGAGGACCAAGAAAAUGAACGGAUAGGUUGGCGGGCACUGGUCCACCCCAAAACCCAUCCUGUGUCAGAAUAUGAAUUUGAAGUGAUCAUCGGAGGGGAUGGCCGUAGGAACACCUUGGAAGGAUUUCGCCGGAAAGAAUUUCGUGGCAAACUGGCCAUAGCCAUUACAGCAAAUUUUAUUAACCGAAAUACAACAGCAGAAGCCAAAGUGGAAGAAAUCAGUGGUGUGGCUUUUAUAUUCAACCAAAAAUUUUUCCAGGAACUAAAGGAAGCCACAGGUAUUGACUUGGAGAAUAUCGUCUACUACAAAGAUGACACACACUAUUUUGUUAUGACAGCCAAAAAGCAGAGUUUGCUCGACAAAGGGGUGAUACUGCAUGACUAUGCCGACACAGAGCUCUUGCUUUCCCGGGAAAACGUGGACCAAGAGGCUCUGCUCAACUAUGCCAGGGAGGCGGCCGACUUCUCCACUCAGCAGCAGCUGCCAUCUCUGGAUUUUGCCAUCAAUCACUAUGGGCAGCCUGAUGUGGCCAUGUUUGACUUCACCUGUAUGUACGCCUCUGAGAACGCUGCCCUGGUGCGGGAGCAGAAUGGACACCAGUUACUAGUGGCCCUGGUAGGGGACAGCCUCCUGGAGCCAUUUUGGCCAAUGGGAACAGGAAUAGCCCGGGGGUUUCUGGCUGCUAUGGACUCAGCCUGGAUGGUACGAAGUUGGUCUCUCGGAACAAGCCCCUUGGAAGUCUUGGCCGAGAGGGAAAGCAUUUAUAGGUUGCUGCCUCAGACUACCCCUGAGAAUGUGAGUAAAAACUUCAGCCAAUACAGCAUAGACCCUGUCACCAGAUAUCCCAAUAUUAACAUCAACUUCCUCCGCCCAAGCCAGGUGCGCCAUUUAUACAAUACUGGAGAAACAAGAGAUAUUCAUCUGGAAAUGGAGAACCUGGUGAACUCCCGAACUACCCCAAAGUUGACUCGCAAUGAGUCUGUAGCUCGUUCAAGCAAACUGCUGGGUUGGUGCCAAAGGCAGACAGAUGGCUAUGCAGGGGUAAAUGUGACAGAUCUUACUAUGUCUUGGAAAAGUGGACUGGCCUUAUGUGCGAUCAUCCAUAGAUACCGCCCUGAUUUGAUAGAUUUUGAUUCUUUGGAUGAGCAAAAUGUGGAGAAGAAUAACCAGCUGGCCUUUGAUAUUGCCGAGAAGGAACUGGGCAUCUCUCCCAUCAUGACAGGCAAAGAAAUGGCCUCGGUGGGGGAGCCUGACAAACUGUCUAUGGUGAUGUACCUGACUCAGUUCUACGAGAUGUUCAAGGACUCACUCCCCUCCAGCGAUGCCCUGGACCUGAAUGCUGAGGAGAAAGCAGUUCUUAUAGCCAGCACCAAAUCACCCAUCUCCUUCCUCAGCAAACUUGGGCAGACCAUCUCUCGGAAGCGUUCUCCCAAGGAUAAAAAGGAAAAGGACUUGGAUGGUGCUGGAAAGAGGAGAAAGACCAGUCAGUCAGAAGAGGAGGAAGCACCCCGGGGCUACAGAGGAGGAAGGCCCACACUGGUGAGCACUCUGACAGACAGGAGGAUGGAUGUGGCCCUCGGCAAUCAGAACAAAGUGAAGUACAUGGCAACCCAGCUGCUGGCCAAAUUUGAAGAGAAUGCACCCCCCCAGUCCACUGGCAUGAGGAGACAGCCGACACAAGAGCGUGGGGUCAGCCAGCCGUCCUGCUGCCUACCUGAGCAGGGUCACCCUGCUCCCACCCCCCAGUGGAAACAGCAACAGGAAAAGGAGCGUUCUCGGACCUGCCCCAAAAAAGUGAUCACACUCUCUCCUCCCCUUACUCCACCUCCCUGUCGGGCACCUCGCAGCCAGCAGACGUACAGGGAUCUUGAUGCUGACAGCCGUGGCAAGCAGAGUCCCCACCAUGAGAGGCCAGAACCUGAACCUUCUCGUCGGUUUUUUGUUGACCAGUGGGAGCUUUCUCUUAGUCUCCGCUCCUCCAACCGCCCCGCCUCUCCCUCCUCUGACUCCCUCCGACAGAAGUAUAUAAAGAUGUACACGGGCGGAGUGAGCUCAUUGGCUGAGCAGAUAGCCAAUCAGCUUCAAAGGAAAGAACAGCCCAAAACCCUUCUAGACAAGAAGGAACUGGGCUCGAUAAAGAAGGAGUUCCCACAGAACUUAGGAGGCAGCGACACGUGCUAUUUCUGCCGGAAGCGGGUCUACGUGAUGGAAAGGCUGAGUGCUGAGGGCAAGUUCUUCCAUCGGAGCUGCUUCAAGUGCGAGUACUGCGCCACCACCCUGCGCCUCUCGGCCUAUGCCUAUGACAUUGAGGACGGUAAAUUCUACUGCAAACCACACUACUGUUAUCGACUCUCUGGCUCUGCACAGAGGAAGAGACCAGCAGUGGCUCCUCUCUCUGGAAAGGAGGCCAGAGAACCCCUGCAGGAUGGCCCCACUGUGGACACAAAUGGACGGGCCAGCGCUGUCACCAGCCCUGCUGAGAGAACUCCAGGUUCAAGCGUGAAUGGUGUGGAAGAGCCUAGCAUUGCCAAGAGGCUCAGGGGCACUCCCGAGCGGAUUGAGCUGGAGAACUACCGCCUGUCCGUGAAGCAGGCCGAGGAGCUGGAGGAGGUGCCCGAGGAGACACAGGCCGAGCACAACCUGAGCAGCGUGCUGGACACGGGGGCAGAGGAGGACGUGGCCAGCAGCAGUUCUGAGUCAGAGAUGGAGGAAGAGGAGGAAGAAGAGCCUCCUCUGCCCACUUCGGACCUGGGCGGUGUUCCUUGGAAGGAGGCCGUGAGGAUCCAUGCUCUUCUGAAAGGAAAGAGUGAAGAGGAGCUAGAGGCCUCAAAGAGCUUUGGGCCUGGGCAUGAAGAAGACGAGGAGGAGGAGGAGUAUGAAGAGGAGGAGGAGGAGGAGGAGGAAGAAUAUGAAGAGGAAGAGGAAGAGGAAGAGUCUAGUGAAGAAGGGGAGUAUUGCCCCUGGGACAGAGAACUCCUACAAGGCCAGUGGCUCCGGCAGCUGUCACAGGAAGAAACUACGGGUACACGUAAAGUUGGGAGCCAGAGGCUACAGCAGAUCGUAAAUCCGGCCGACCCCUUGGAGAUCCAGGCUGAUGUGCACUGGACACAUAUCCGAGAGAGAGAGGAGGAGGAGCGAAUGGUCCCAACCUCUGAGUCCUCCACUUCUAGAGUGCCUGACCUUCCCUCCAUACGCCGCGCAGCAGUGCAGGCCUGGCUGGAGACGGUCUCUGGAGUCCCAUUUGAUGAGAAUGACCUGGAGGAAGACGUGGACUCGGAGCCAGCAAAGAUAGAAGGGGAGGCCACAGAGAAUGGGGACACAGGGGACACUGGUGCUGAGCUGGACGAUGAUCAGCGCUGGUCUGACGGGAUCCCAUCGGAUGCCGAGACGGAUCUCCGCGUGCAGCACCAGGAGGCGGUAGAGGCAGACCUGGAGCUGAGGGUCUCAGAGAAUGAGGAGGAGCCACCUGAGGUCACACCAGGGCAUCCGGAGAGAAGUCUCACCCGGGUCCCCAGCCCUGCCCUGUCCCCUGAGGAGCAAGCUGGUCUGCGGUCCCCAGGCCACAGCCCUAAGGCAGAGGGGGCCCAAAUCCCACUUGUCUCUGUUGUCACCAAGGCAAAAUUGCCUGAAGAGAACCUUUUCCCCAAGCCUUUGCUCCCCAAAGUGAAGCCCAAGGUGGAAGUGCCCUGCAGUCAGAGAGCUGCAUGCUCCCCCAUCCGUUCUCAGCCAGUGGCUCUGCCAGAAGCCAGGACACCUACCUCCCCAGUGAGCUCGCAGUGCCUGUCGCCUUUGGCCACCUCCACCCCCACCAGCACCCAGCUCCCCAUUUGCUCCCAGCCUCAGCCUUCCUCUGAGACCACGGCCCCAUCCCCCACCAAGUCCCCCAUACGGCUCCAGCCUGUUUCAGCCAAAACAUCUAUCCCAGUGGUUCCCCUCCCCUUGAAGAACCAAGGGGACACCAAGGACAGGCUGGGCAGCCCUCUCGCUGUGGAUGAGGCCCUGAAGCGGAAUGACCUGGUGGCAGAGUUCUGGAUGAAGAGCGCCGAGAUCCGCCGCAGCCUCGGGCUCACACCAGUGGAUCGGAGCAAGGUGUAUGAGCCCAGCUUCCCUUCGCCUGCCUUUAAACCAGUGUCCCUAAAAUCCUAUGCAGUGGAGAAGUCUCCCGAGGGGGAGGGACUCCAGCUUCUGAAGCCUCCACCUGUUCCUAAGAGACUAGGCCUGCCGAAGUCAGACGGUGACCAGCCCUUCCUGCCAACCCCCAAGUCCCCGUCGGACAGAGAGCUGAAAAGCUCCCAGGAGGAGAGGAGAGAUCUGUCGAGCAGCUCCGGGCUGGGCCUUCACGGGAGCUCCUCCAACAUGAAGACUUUGGGCAGCCAGAGCUUCAACACAUCAGACUCCACCAUGCUCACUCCCCCUUCAAGCCCACCGCCACCACCACCCCAAGACGAGGAACCCGCAACUCUUCGGAGGAAGCCAUAUCAGACUCAUGAGCAUAAGGACGCUGAGCCCAAGGCCUCGGUGAUUCCACCACCACCACCUGCGACGUUCAUGCGGGCCCCCCGGGAGCCCACCCAGCCCCUCCAAGAGGAGAUGCGGAAGUCGUUUGUGGAGAGCGUGGAUGAGAUCCCAUUUGCCGAUGAUGUGGAGGACACCUAUGAUGACAAGACCGAGGACUCGAGUCUCCAGGAGAAGUUCUUCACACCCCCCUCCUACUGGCCCCGCACGGAGAGGCCCCUCCACCCACCCCUAGCCAAGGAGAAUGGUAGGUUGCCUACUCUGGAGAGUGGGGUCCAGCCACAGAAGAGGGGCCUGCCCUUAGUCUCUCCAGAAGCCAAGGAGCUGGCUGAGGAGCGCAUGCGAGCCAGGGAGAAGUCUGUGAAGAGCCAGGCGUUGAGAGACGCUAUGGCCAAGCAGCUGAGUAAGAUGAAGGAAAUGGAGAUGGCGGCUGGGACCUCCAGUCCCCCAGGAGGCACCUCCCACAAAGCCUCCUCUGUUCCCUCCAAGGGCAAAGACCUCAGCCCCGAGUCCCCUAGACGCCCAGUUCUCAAAGGCCCCAGGGAGCCUGCCCUGAAGCACGAAGCCACUAGUGAGGAGGUCCUCUCCCCACCAUCGGACUCAGGGGGCCCAGAUGGUUCGGUCACCUCAUCCGAGGGCUCCAGUGGGAAGAGCAAGAAGAGAUCGUCACUCUUCUCCCCCCGCAGAAACAAGAAAGAGAAGAAGUCCAAAGGUGAGGGCCGGCCCCCGGAGAAGCCCAGCCCAAGCCUUCUGGAGGAAGCUGCUGCCAAGCCCAAGUCCCUGUGGAAGUCGGUCUUUUCCGGGUACAAGAAGGACAAAAAGAAGAAGGGUGAUGACAAGUCCUGUUCCAGCACCCCUUCCAGCGGUGCCACUGUGGACUCUGGCAAGCACAAGAUGUCCCCUGUUGUGAGAGCAGAGCUGCACCUGCGGCGCCAGUUGAGCUUCUCCGAGGACUCAGACCUGUCCAGUGAUGACAUCCUUGAGAGGUCCUCCCAGAAGUCCAGGCGAGAGUCGGUUUAUGUACCACACGCCUUGGCAUUCAAGAGAUCAUAUCCAUCAAAGCCGAGAACCUACACAGAGGAGGAACUGAAUGCCAAGCUGACCCGGCGUGUGCAGAAGGCAGCUCGUAGACAGGCCAAGCAAGAGGAGCUGAAGCGGCUGCACCGAGCACAGAUCAUCCAGAGGCAGCUGGAGCAGGUGGAGGAGAAGCAGAGACAGCUGGAGGAAAGAGGGGUGGCCGUGGAGAAGGCGCUCCGUGGUGAAGCAGUUGAGCCCAGUGGCGGGACUCCACGGCGUAGACCUCUCUCCUUCUGCCCUUGCUGUGUCCAGGAAGGCAUGGGCAAGAAGGAUGACCCCAAGCUGAUGCAGGAGUGGUUCAAGUUGGUGCAAGAGAAGAAUGCCAUGGUGCGCUAUGAGUCGGAGCUGAUGAUUUUUGCCCGGGAGCUGGAACUGGAGGACCGGCAGAGCCGACUGCAGCAGGAGCUCCGGGAGCGGAUGGCGGUGGAAGAUCACCUGAAGACUGAGGAGGAGCUGUCUGAGGAGAAGAAGAUCUUGAACGAGAUGCUGGAGGUGGUGGAGCAGAGAGAUGCCCUCGUGGCCCUGCUUGAGGAGCAGCGACUCCGGGAGAAGGAGGAGGACAAAGACCUGGAGGCUGUCAUGCUGUCCAAGGGCUUCAGCCUGAACUGGUCCUGAGCUCUCCCCACACUAUGUACGGCUGCUCUGUGGCAUCCACCUGACCCAGGCUGGGUUCUCCCCAGCCACCCGGAUGAGAGAUCUCAGAAAACCUGGCACCUCCUGGGAGUUUAUACUGAAAUGUCUAUGUGCCUCUUGAACAGUGGGUCAAGUGUCUGUGCUGUGGGGAACCCCAGGUGAAGAUGAUGAUCUGAGGUGGCGCGGCCUCUUUGGAAGAGGCCCACCCUGACUUCCUGCUCCAGAGAGAAAGGGGAAUAUGGAGCAUCUGACAUGUGAUGUGGGAAGAAAGGAAACCUGCACGUUCCCUGCGGACACGUGGACAUGCGGUGACUGUGCUCCUCCUUCCACAGGAGGAGAGAAGACAAGGAAGCUGCUCCCUCUCCGUCAGAACCACAGCCACUGGAGCACCCCUCCACAGAGCAGAAGGGGCAGCUGUCUUCACGCCUCUGGAAGCAUUUAUCCCGGGGAGGUGAGAUGUGAGUCGAGACCUGGGAGAGGGACAGUGGCCCGAAGGUCAGUGCCUGCCCCAGCAUCGCAGGGGGAGCUGAGAGUGGGCUGGCUCCUGAAUUCAUUAUGCCAGCAUGCAGGGCCCAAUAGGGGUCUGCUCCCCACCCCCUGCACCACACACUGGACCCCUAGUGGCCAAACGCCCCAGGCCUCUCACUGGCCAUGACCCGAGGCCUUUGGAUCGCUGCAUUCUGCUUCUAAUUCACAACAAUUCUGACACUGGAAAAUACUGACUUUGGGGGACAUAAUGAGGCCCUACAUUUCAAGCCCCCAGUUGACAGACAGGCAUGACUGUUCAGCGCUUCACGUUGGGGCAGAAGAUUAUCUUUUCCCUUGACGUUUUUCCUGUGUUUGCACAUUGAAAGGAAGCUGUCAGCCUGGCAAGAUGUUCAGCCGCUUCGGACCCUUUAUGUCAAUUAACUUAUUUUUUUAAUACUUGAAGUAACUUCGUUUUUAUAUCUUUAUUAGAGACACUGAUCUCUUGGCACGUGGUGUUAGAGUGAUGGAGGCGUCGACCACAUCCUCCCACACAGUCCCAUCCUGUACUGACUGAAUGCCGGUCCAUCCAUCUAUUUAUUAGCCAUCUUCAUUGUGCUGCUGCCCCCGUUGGCAUCAGGGAGCAGCUGAGACCCUCACAUGGGUUCUCAGUCCUCGCUCUUCUGCCCGUACCUGUUCCCUGCGCCCGGCCCCUCGUCCUUCACCAGUUCACUCUCACUGUAGCACCAGACUCUUGUGUCUGUCUGCACCGUCCAUUUGCUGAGGGUACAUUUCAGCACCGUGUGAGGCCAGGCCAGAGGGCACAGGUGCCACCCGCCUCUCCCUUGAACCCUGGCUCGCAGAACCCUUUCUUUUCCCCCUCUCUCUGUUUCAGUGCCAGGCUUUCACCUCCUGCAGCACAUUUAUUAGAGGUAAGCGUUUUUCCAGGCUGGCGGCGUUUGCUGGGACCUUGUAAUCCAUCUGGCUGGUGAGAACGCCCCCAGCCCAGCUUCAGACCCAAGAAGGUAGAGACGCACAUGUUACAGCAAGGAUUAGAAUUCAGGUUGGUCCCGCACAGUUGGCCCCACCCCGAACCUCCUCUGCACCCAGAUUUCUUGGGGAGGCAGGGGACCUCGAGCACUCUAUGACUAGUUCCUUGAGCCAAACUGCUCAUUUCCUCUAGUUCAGCCAGAGGCUGACAUUGUACGGCCUACAGAGUCACAGUCUGAGAAGAUCUGGUGGGCCAGGGCUUAUCCAUGCACAGAACUGACACACAGUCAGCCCGGGGAGGGUUCCUGUCAGUGCCAGGCCAACCCAGAAGGGCCCUCUGGCAGACUUCCGGUGGAGAGGGGCCAGUGUAGGGCGGACAGAGGCCUGGCAAGCUCUUCAAGGUGGCCUGGGUCCACUGUCCAUGCUGACGUGGGGCUUCCAUGGGCGCCCACACCACCCCUUAGCUUGAACAUUCAUUCUUAUUACAAAGGAGCAAAGAACUUGUCUUACUCUUCACUUUGUCCAAAGCUGCCGUCUCUCUCCUGUGGAAGCCCAAGAGGUGUGCCUUGAGCUCUGACUUCACUUCCUGUUUUCUGAUCAGGCAGACAGUCCAUGUUUACUCUCUUUCUUAAAAAGGCAAGAAGAGGGUAUUCUGGAUGCUCUCUUUAAACAUCAGCCCUCCAGUAAAUUUGGACUUGAGACAGGCUCAUUGCCUGUGUGGCCUUGCCCCUAACCCUCUUGAAGGCUACUUGAAUCCACCGUAGCUAGGAAUGCCCCAGGAGACCGCCUCCAUCCCUCACAGCUCCUGCUGACCCUGGAACAAGGAAGCCCCGCCCGAAGUGGCGGGUAGGGGAUAUGGCUGCACUGGUCCGCUGUGCGCAGCCUGAGGAGGCAGGAGCAGCACACAGACUAUCCGCCCUUGCUGCUGGCCAGUACCAGUCGGCCUUCAGCCACCCCUGCAUCCUCGCAAAGCACACACUGCUGCCUGCAGUUAUUAGAAAGGAGACUGAAGACCCUGCAGAGAAGCUUCCAGAAUCCACAGGCCUCCAACAUGUUCCCAGUUCUCCACUCUUCAUGGUGUUAGGACUUCAGGCUGUAACAACAGUGCAUCUUUCUGUUAAAGCUCUCAUUUUAUGACCACUAGUUUGCAGUUGAUUUGAGUACCCUGGUGACAUGCUGCAUGAAGUGUUUUCCAGCUCUGGAAAUGCGUGCUGCUCCAGGAGAGUUUUCUCCCCGAGAUUUAAGUCCCCUUGAAGGCAGGGGACACAGGACAUGAAGUGCCAGAGCUUGAGUGAGCCUAGAUAACAGGGAUGGUACGGCAGGCAACCAGUUCAGCCUCACCAGUGGGAAGGCAGCAGGCACCCCCAGUCCUGAGUCUCAGGGGCUCCCUGCCCAGGAGGUCUGGGCCUUUUGCCCCAGAAACCAUCUUCCAAUUGCUUUUGACCAGCAAUGAUAGACUAUUCUUUAUCCUUUCAAAAGAGAAAAGAUUUUUUUAGUGGGGCAGAAAGGAGAGUUCAAAGAAAAAAAUUUGAAAGGAGGUAAUAACUGAGCUGCACAGGGGAAUGGGCCAUUUUCUGUGCAAUAAAAGUUUUUCAAAGAAAUACAGAGUGUAUUUCUUAAGUCAUUUUACCAGACUUGUCCAUGAGGCGAGAUGCACUUCCACAUUCCAGCACCUGCCAUUUCCAGGUAGAUGGUGUCCACGCAAAUCAUUUAUGCUUCUGGCAUAUAUGUGGGUGUGUGCACAAGCUUAUUUAAAGAACACAACUUUUUUUUUUUUUUUUUUAAUUUGUGCUUUAUUUUUUUUUUUUUCUUUUUUAAAGUCCUUCUUAUUAUCCUAGUUCAGCCAUCAACUGCUGUCACUGGAGAAAAUGCCUAAAACCACUUAGCAUGAUAGCAGCUUAUUCUUCAAAACCAAGCCUCGAUGCCCUCUUGAAGAGAAGCGGCAUGUCCUCUGAAAGAGAGGUUCUUCAAAUCCAAGUGAGCCUGUGGUCCUGGUAGCCUUCUGUGCCUGCAGCCCUCUGCCCUUUGACCUGCAAGCCCAGUGGCCAGGGUCUGCAGCCUCCAGGCCCAAAUCACUGAGCUGUGUCAGUUUCCACAAGGACAUUCAGCAUAGGGUUUUGGAGAGAUGAUAUCACCUUAUUUUGAACUGGAUCGUCCCCAAGAGAUUGAAGGGAAUAAUCCUGGCCAGCUCUUCUCUCUUUGCUAUAAGAAACCUCUUUGGCUUGUGUCCAAAUGGAGACAUAUUCCAGCUCUUUCCUUCUCCCAUGGUGUGAUGAUUUGUCACCGCCCUCAGAACUAAUCCCAAGGGCACAGUGCUUCCCUCCAGUGCAGUAAGGGCAGCAGGGAGAGAAACAAUGGCACUGGAUGGGUGGAGGUGGGUCGUGCCCAGCCAACAGGUCACUGCCACGGAAGCUGGUUCCCAGAGCCUUGAAAGGCUUAUUGCCACCUACCCCCAGAAAGAAGAAAGGGGCCUCUCUGACACAGAGAUGGACAUCUUAGGUAAAAUAUACAUAUAACUAGCUUGAGGGAAUGUUCUUUGGCAAUGGUGCAUGCCUGCUGGGAAGGAUGAGUUGGUAGUCACCUGUGCUGGUCUCAGCCACCUUUUGUUCUUCAAGGGGGGCUUGCUGGGAUUUGAGCUGGAUAAAAGCAGGAUUUGGCCACAAUUCACAGCAGCCCCAGGCAGUAGGAAAUGCGGAUUGCUGUUUUUAGGCAGGUAACCAGGAAGGUAGACUGCCCAAGCCCCCAUGUAAGCACCACCUCAGGAGCACAUACCCCCUUCCUUCCAAGAAACUACCUUGUCUUACAGCUCUGACAUCCCUUCUGAACCCUAAAAUCUUCCUGGUCUCUUCGUAGGGGUCAGAGUGAAAAAUGGUAAGCAGAGAAUGUGCUGUUUUACUUUACAUGAGCUGGCCAGCCUGGCCCACUCACGGAGACGCCCUCAUCUUGUAUUACCUGCUCAGGAGAUCACCCUUCCGACAAUGCUCAGUGAAGAGGGUAUGAAGCCAUCAUCUCAGGUGGAUUAUUCCCACACAGAAAUGUCAGCCCAGGGGCCAGAGCAGGGCCUCAUGCACUAAACCAUGGAGCCUGCUAGGCAGGGUUCCCGGGGUCAUAAAAGCCUUUCACGGACACUCCCAAUGGACCACCUGUUGCUGCUGAACUUCACCGGGUAACUUCUGGUGAGAGCCCCAUGACUGUGUCCCCUGCCCUGAGGUCAUCUUGUAGGAGGGGCAGAAACGGGGAAGCCACAAUCCUGGUUCCUGUGGGUAGGUCCUGUGUGCCAGCCACCUCUUAGCAGCCACCUGCUACCAAGACAAAUGUGGAAGAGGAGACAGCAUCCCAUGAUGCAUGCACAUUUGUGCACUUGGGCACACACACACACAAGCAUCUUCCAUUCAUAGCGUGGCCUUUCUGAAGCAGAAUGGACUUCUAGCUAGCUCUAAAGUAGGCUGAACCUAAGAGGGCCCAACUGCGUGGCAGUCGAGGCUCCAGGCCAAGGCAGGAUCCGAGUUGAGGAUCUUGUGCCAAUGAACAGCCUGGUGUGUGGAAGACUACAGUUGGAUGGAAUGGUCUCCAAAGUAGGCAGAUAGACCAGCCCCCCGGAUCCAGGACAGGGGUCAUCUGGAGUGCCCAAUGCAAGUGUGGGGCUGCCUCCUGCAACCCAUGAAAUGAGAAUGAAGCUGCAGGUGUCCAUGUCCACACGUGCGAGAGUGGGAAGGGAAGGGAGUCGGACGUUCAGGCAUGAAGCUCAUCCCUGCUCUUCCCUGACUUUGGAGGAAGCCUUAAGCAAAUCACUUACUUAGUCUGUGCAUUAACCAACCCACAGGAUUGUGGGGGGGCAGGAUGUCCAAGGGUUUGAGAUUCUGAAUCAGGGCCUUUGUAGAUGGACAGACAUCCUUCAUGAUGGUAACUAAUGUUCACCUUGAAGAAACCUGGGGAGGACUGAGGGAAGCCGGUCCCAGCACCUUUAAGGGCUGGCUGCCAGCUACCUAGGUUCAUCGCACAUCUAUCUGGUGAGCCAGCGGAGUUGUGCAUUUAUUUUUAAUUACUUAAAAUGCUGGGCUGAAUCUUGUUUCCUCUCAGGAACUUAACUUACUCAACACAGGUUGCUGUAGAUAGGCAAUGUGCCCAGAACCUCAGAUGGGUGGCUGCUGGGUGCUUGCCUGAGGCCAGGUGAUGCUGAGCUUGAGUCAGCACUCAGUGCCUUACUGGGAACAAACCAGCACCCUCAGCUCAAGAGAACAGCCCCAUCUUUUCCCUCCUGCCCCAUUCCACAGCCACCAGCCACCUUCAUCUUAAGGCAGCUCCAGCACACCCGCUCUCCCAACAGUGGCUCCCAGCAUAUGCCCUGGGUCUCUGGGCCUCCAGAGUCAUUAUCAGGGAUAUGGGAUUCGUGCAAGUGAAAGCUAGUAUGUAUCAGUGUUACGAUGCUGAUCAAGAGCCAGAAGAGGGAUCCCUGGGUGGCGCAGCAGUUUGGCACCUGCCUUUGGCCCAGGGCGCGAUCCUGGAGACCCGGGAUCGAAUCCCACGUCGGGCUCCCGGUGCCUGGAGCCUGCUUCUCCCUCUGCCUGUGUCUCUGCCUGUCUCUCUCUCUGUGACUAUCAUAAAUAAAUAAAAAUUAAAAAAAAAAAAGAGCCAGAAGAGCAAGGGUUCACUUAACACCCGAGACAACUGGGACACCAAAGUGACAGGAAAGCAUGAGUUUUUCUGGGUAGAGAAGCCCGGAUGAAUACCCAGGGUAAGGCAAUGAGGCCUUCAGGCUGUCUCCCCAAGAGUUCAGAUGCCAGGUCUUUCCUGUGGGCAGGAAAAAAAAAAAGGAAGCAUCUGACAGCCAACAACCCCUUCCCCAGAUGCAUUUUAUUUAACAUUUUUUAAGAAUGCUUUUAAGGACUUAAGUACCAUUUUAAGAUGCAACCAGGGCCGGACUUACUUGGUACCAGCCUUCAUAUUGGGACAAUACUGUUUCUGGCCCUAGUCAUUAAUGUUUUAGGUCUCCAUCACAUUGUUCUCAAAGCCACCUAUAACAGUCUAGGCGGGGAGGCAGGAGGGGCUGGCACGGAGGGUCGUGCCUGAGGCUGGAAGGUGCUGGCCCUGGGUCAGCACCUGGUGCCUUAUACCAGUUUGGGAACAAACCAACACAAGUCGGGAGGACACCCUGCUCUUUUCCCUGCUGCCUCAUGUACAGCCCAGGGGGUCAGAGCUGGUAGAGAGGCAGUGACCCCAGAGUGUCUCUUCUGAAUAAAUCACCCCAAUGUGGCCUUGGACCCUGUUCCUGGAAGAUGCAGAGAGCAGCCCCGGGACCCUGCCAAGUUCUCCUGGGUGAAGAUAGAAUUGGAAGAAGCAUCAAGAAAAGACAAAUUUUCCGAGACGCUGUGCCUGAGGAGAGUGGGUAGAGGGAUGUGGCCACUGCCGACCGCAGGGACGGACAUGGAAAUGUAACACGGGCUCACGCCUGUGUGUGGGAAGAGCCCCGCCCGCCCUGUCGAUGAAUGUCGUGUCAUUAGUGGAAAGGAAAGAGGGAAACAGAUAGUGACUUUCCUUCGGCGUGGGUGUGGUGGUGCACAUUACCCUCCGGCUGUUUGCACCCUCCUGUGGCCAACAACCAAAAUAAAGCCAGUCGUUAUUUUGUU